AUGACAGUUGAUAUAGUAGAAAUAUUAAAAGAGCCACGGAUGAUAAAAGUAUGUGCACCAAUGGUGAGAUAUAGCAAAUUACAAUUCCGAACUUUGGUAAGACAAUAUGAUUGUGACAUAUGUUUUACACCAAUGAUUUUAGCUGAUUCAUUUGUACAAUCUGAAAAGGCAAGGUACAAUGAAUUUUCAACAACUAAUGAGGACAAGCCACUUGUCGUACAAUUUGCUGCAAAAACUGUUCAUGAUUUCUGUAAUGCAGCAGAGAUGGUUUCUCCGUAUUGUAAUGGUGUUGAUCUGAACUGUGGAUGUCCUCAACGUUGGGCAAUGAAAGAUGGGUAUGGAGCUGAUCUGCUGAGAAAACCUGAACUUGUAAAAGACUUAAUAUAUCAAGUGAGAAGUAGGAUACCAAAUCCUUUUACUGUGUCUGUGAAGAUACGAUUACUAAAAGACAUACGAAAAACUGUCGAAUUCUGUAGAGUUCUCGAAAAAGCAGGGGCUUCUUUCCUCACUGUUCAUGCUAGAACUCCUGAAAUGAGAAACGAACCGAUAGAUCUUGAUAAUUUAAAGGUAGUAAGGGACACUGUAAAAUUACCUCUCAUUGCUAACGGAGAUGUGAAGAGCUUAGGCGGCGCAGAAAAGCUUUUUGUAGAAAGUAAUUGUGAUGGAGUGAUGUCUGCACGGGGAAUCCUAACAAACCCAGCCCUUUUUUCUGGACAAUCUGUUACACCCCUUAGUUGCAUACAAGACUGGUUAGAUAUUACAUCAAAGAUACCAACUCCAUUUUUAUGUUUUCAUCAUCAUUUGGUAUUCAUGUUAGAAAAAUUACUUCCAAAGAAGAGUAGGAUAUACUUCAAUAACUUACAGAGUCAGUUAGCGGUUUUAGAAUUUCUAGAUGAUUAUUAUGGUUUAAAACCGAAUCUAAAUCCCAAAUUAUCCAGACCAAUUGAAUGCAUUUUCAAUACGUCGAAUGUGGAAUGUAAUAAUAAAUAUGAUACAGAGGAAGAGGAGGAUCAAUGUGUACAUUUUCUGGGAAAUAUGUUUGGAGAAUCAUGA